AUGAUUUUAAGUCAUGAUAAUAUCGAAGAACAUUAUGCUUUAGCUGGCACAAGUCUUAUAUUGUCUAUGUGGGGUGAUUAUGCAUCCACUCCAUUGAAUACGGUUCACUUAGGCUUCGGCAUUGGUGCUGCAUUAGCCAAUAUUCUCAUGGCUCAAUUUCUCGACAAAGGAAAACUUGACUUAUCCAAUUUAAAUCUCAAUUCUACCAUGCAAAAUCUCUCAUCGUUAGCGUCAACAAAUAUCAAGACACCAUACUCAAUUGCAGCGAGUCUUUGCUUAGUAGUAUCCAUUGGCCAUUUGAUCUUUACCAUUAGUAAAUAUCAUACUCGACAUCAAACUCUUCAAGUACAACAAGUCAAUUAUUCUGUGGUUAAUACGACACCUGUUGAUGAUAUUCAAUCCAGUCAUCCUCGACAGUUGCCAAAACAAGAUAGUUGUUGUCAUUUGAAUUACAGCGUAUUUAUGUCAAGUCUAUGGAUCGUUCACUUGAUUUUUAUUGUCGCUAUCGAUCAAGUAUUUGCCAAAUUCUUUUUUUCUUAUCUGAAACUGCCACAAUUUCAAAUUUCAACAAAAAAUGCUUCUUUAGGUAUGAUAUUAUACUGGCUCUCGUAUUCAACCGGACGUGCAAUCUGCGCCGUGAUAACUUUGUUUCUAUCGGUUGAUGUAACGUUAAGUAUGCUAUGGAUUGGUGGGUUAGCAUUGGCAAUAACAUGGUUGAUUUAUGUAUGGACCAUUGGAUUGUCUAUUUUUAGCCUGUUUGUUCUUGGCUCCUUCACUGGCCUCAUUUUCGCUCCAAUCUUUCCCUUAUCGUUCAGUUUUAUCAAUAAACGAUUGAACGUUACUCCAUUAAUGGUUGGUAUAUUCUUAUGUAGUUCCUCACUUGGAUCAAUGUCCUUUCAGAGAAUAGCUGGUGUUCUGAUGGAUAAAAAUCCAAAGCAUUUUCCUACAUUACUCAUUAUAUGUGUUCUUAUGGGAAUUCUCUUCUAUUGUUCCACCUUUUGUCUCUCUAUGUUACAUCGUCGACCAAGCAUGAGAAAGUUCUAA